UACCUAAUUAGAGGCAAACAACAGAGUUGUGCCGGUCGACAUGACCACGGCAGCAAAAAAGGAGCCUUGAUCUCAUGUUUUUAUACUAUGCCUCAUUGAAGGGAACUACCCUGACCACGGGUUGAGUUUUGUUGUGGUUGAACAAGCUCAUCCCCAAUCACAGAACAAUGGGCUCUCUUUUUUCGAAUACACUAGCCUUCGUGGCUUCUCGGCGGCGGCUGGGUGAACACGAGAUGGACACCCGACAGGGCAACUGGACAUCUGUGGUGUUGGACGGGAUCGACGGCGACCAGAGCGGGAUCACGACCGACUUUGGCCUGCGCGUGACCCUGGAGGAGGCUGUCGUGCUCCAGACCGGAGGGGUGGUGAACGUCAAGUUUGAGAGCGAGGCCGCGUUCAAGGUGGGCGACAACAUGGCCGGCGCGUGCGGCGCGAGUGGCGUGUGCAAUUGGGUACUGAAGAGCGAGAACGCCCCUGUUUUUGUCAAGCAAAAGUUGGUUGAGUUGGAGUGUGUGGCCGGCACGUGUGAGCUGGUGUAGGUGGAGUGAGGGAAGAGGAUGAAGAGGGGGAAGGGAUACAGAGAAGAGAGGGAAAAGCAAAGAGAAAGAGCAAAACGAAACAAAAAGAAUGAUAGAACGGAUGAAAGAAAGAACGGGGUGAGUGGAGCAGAGGAUACCAGAACCGAAAAAGGGGGUUUUUGAGACUCAGGAGAUGGUACCUUAUGUAGAGAACUGGACGUUCGUGGAUAUGUCUGGAUGUACAGUACAUGCAUCUUGCGACGGCCCAACUUCACAG